CUUUUUAAAUACAGACAAAAUCAUGUACAUCUUUAUAGUUUGCUACAACAUAUCAACCAGUUGUGAUCGAAGUGGAUUUAGCUGAUGUUCCAUUUUAUAAGAAAAUUCCAAAAGAUUUAAAAGUAUAUAAUCCAAAUUUGAUGGCAAAGUUGAUGAUAAAGCUUUUGAAAUCAUUCAGCAAAUCUGAUCGUAUAAUAGUUAUAGGAAAAGCAACAAGCCCUUGGUUGACUGCCAAAACAAAAUUAUCAAAAAUAUUUGAAACCAUAGUGUUCACCGUGCCUGAUGACUGUACUAUAUUUUUAUUUCUCAACGACUUACUAAUGAGCUACCCAAUAGUCAGCCGAAGAUUUCCAAUUACACCUUUGGCUAAAAUGUUGGCCGGAUAUUCAAAGCAGAUGAUAGCCGACAUUGUGGCCGAAGUAAUGACCACUGAACGGGUGCUAAAAAUCAGACAAUGUCCAUUGAAUCCCGUGGAGUUUGUACCCGUAAUGUUAAAAUAUCCGAAGCAGAACCCUCAACAGUUUGAACUUUACAAAAAGUGGUAUGACAAAUAUGUGUCUAUGGGUAAAAGAAAAGUAUCAGAAAUGGAAGCAAAACUAGCAUUAAUAAAUAAAACAACAAACAAAAAAUAAAAAUAAAUAUUUGUAAUGUAUGAGAUCUCAUGAGUCGACUCACAUCGUGAGUAUUUUAGAACUAAUGAAUUAAUUUGCAAUAUAAUAGCUGGUAUAGGUAUAGUAUAAUAUAAUGUUAUAGGCUUUCAUAAGGUAACUACAGUAAUCAUACCGCUGCAGUAAGUUAGAAUACAAUUAUUUAAAUAAUUCAAAUUUUUCAUUCAUCAGUGACCAAUAAAAAAUUUUAAUUUGUAUAUGUUUAAUCGAUCACUGAUAAAUGAGCGAUACGAAUGAAACAAAUUUAAAUUGUAUUCCAUUUUACUGCAGUAACUUCAUGAAAGACUAUACAUUAUAAUAUAUUACCUAUAUAAUAUAUAUAUCAAAUUAGGUAAUCUGUUAGUGCCAAAAUAUUGUUAACUUACGAUAUGAGUCUCAUACGUUACAAUUUUUAUUUUUAUUUUUUGUUUGUAAUUUUAUUUAUUUUUUUUUGUUUUCAUUUCUAAUAUAUUUUUCUGACACCUAUAUUUACUUACAUAUUUGUCAUACUACUUUUUGAACAGAAGGGAUUUACUGUGAAUUGUGAUAAAUAAUAAAUCUGAUGUUAAUACGUUAAGUUGAAUAUAGAGGCAUAAAUAUUAAAUUAUAAAUUAUAAAAA